AUGUCCAAGCUGACAAUCGCAAUCACGGGCGCGAACGGUGUGAUCGGCCGGGGCGUCGUGUCACACGCACUGGCUGAAGGGCACAACGUUGUGGCAGUAGACAUCGCUCCCGAGCCGCACCCCAACGCUGGUGGGGAGGGGUACACUUUCAAGAGCGUGGACAUGAUGAAGGAGGCCGAUUUCCGUAAGGCCAUCGAGGGGUGUGAUGCGCUCAUCCACCUGGCGGCGGUGUACUCGCUGCAGAACCCCACGGAUCCGGAUGGGCCGCUCCUGCGAUACGUGCCGGAGGAAACUGUUCACAACGUCAAUUCGACGAUGAGCUGGAACGCACUCCAGGCCGCCGGUGAGGUGGGCAUCGAGCGCAUUUCAAUGGCAUCGAGCGUAAACGCUAUUGGACUCAUCUUCUCGAAGCCUCGUCCUCACUUUGACUACCUCCCCCUCGACGAGGAGCACACCCGAUACCCCCAAGACUCGUACAGCCUCUGCAAGCUCGCUGUCGAGGAGCAAGCCGCGGCCUUCUGCCGCCGCUAUCCCAAGAUGCGCAUCGGAUGCUUCCGCCCACACUGGGUUAUCCCCGAGUCGCUGGCGUACAAUCCUGAGGCGCUGCAUGCGGCACAGGGAAACUGGAAGGAUCUGUGGGGUUGGACGUCGGUGGGCGGUACUGCGCGCGCGUUCUUGGCCGGCAUCACCGCCCCAACGAGCACUUUCCCUCUUGGCGCAGAAAAUUUCUUCAUCGUUGCGCCGACCAUUGUGCAACAGUCCUCGAGCCUCGAGCUGUUGAGAAAGUACUAUCCGGACCUGAAGUGCGAGAUGAGGCGCGAGUGGAAGGCAAACGAGGGGUUCUUCGACUGCUCCAAGGCCAAGCACAUGCUUGGGUGGGAAGAGCGCGCAUUUCCGUGGACACCGGAGUGA